AUGACCGAGUGGCCGGCACUGCUCCUCGAGAUCAAGGAUUUCGACGCUGGAGUUUCGCUGGCCGAUAUGCUGACAUCAAAUGCCAUCCUGUCGGCAUGCCGUUGGAUCAGCUUGAGACGUCUUGGGGGUAUUAGCGUUACGCUAUGCGGCUAUAAUUCCACAUGGAUCAAUUGGUGGUCAGCAAAGUCCACAUUGGUGAAUGAGCGUUUUGAAUGGAUUGAUGGAGACCCGGGCCAUUCGGUGUAA